AUGAGCAACACUUCCUUGUGCCUCCUUCUCCUCAUCUGCGUGGCCGCGUGGCACGCAGAUGCGUCGCAGGAGGCUCGACUCAGAGAGUUGAUCCUGUCCAAAAGGGCUAGCACCAGUAGCAGUAGCAACAGCGUAGAUGAGCCAAUGAUAGGAACUACAGCCGCCAGUAGCCUCCGAGCAGAGCACUCUGUCUCUGACCAGAGCGAUCAGAAGGAUGCCGACAGGAUCGCCGCGCUGCCGGGGCAGCCGCCCAACGGCGUCGGCUUCAGCCAGUACUCAGGCCACGUGACCGUCGACGAGAAGAACGGCCGCGCGCUCUUCUACUACCUUGUCGAGGCGGCCACCAACGCGGCGACGAGGCCGCUCGUCCUGUGGCUUAACGGAGGUCCAGGAUGCUCAUCCUUCGGCUACGGAGCAAUGGGGGAGCUGGGCCCGUUCCGCAUCAACAGCGACAACAGAACCCUCAGCACAAACGAGCACGCCUGGAACAACGUGGCCAACGUGCUCUUCCUUGAAUCGCCUGCCGGCGUCGGGUUUUCCUACUCCAACACGACCUCCGACUACGACAAGAGCGGAGACCAGAGGACAUCAGAGGACGCGUUCCUCUUCCUCGUCAGCUGGUUCGAGAGGUUCCCGGAGUACAAAGGCCGCUCCUUCUACAUCUCCGGGGAGAGCUACGCCGGCCACUACGUGCCGCAGCUCGCAGCCACCAUCUUGAGUCACAACACUUCCAUAAACCUACAGGGUAUUUUGGUGGGCAACCCAUAUCUUGAUGAUAACAUGAACACGAAAGGGGUGAUGGACUUCUUGUGGAGCCACGCCGUGAUAUCAGACGAGGUGUACGCCAACAUCACCAAGAGCUGCAAUUUCAAUCUGUCGGAUGGAAGCGCAUGCUCUGACGCCAUGGCCGCAUAUGACACUGCUAACACUCUCCUCUUCGACAUUUACGGACCUGUUUGUAUCGACGCGCCCAACGGAAAAUACUACCCCAGCCGCAAUGUGCCGGGGUAUGAUCCAUGCACCGGCUAUUACAUAGAUGCUUACCUCAACGAUCCUGAGGUGCAAAAGGCUCUACAUGUUAGAACGACCAAGUGGGCAGGCUGCACGGACUUGCACUGGAAAGAUUCAUCGGCGUCCAUUGUGCCAACACUCAAAUGGCUCAUGGGCCAGGGGCUGCAUGUGUGGUUGUUCAGCGGCGAUUUCGACUCCGUGUGCCCGUUUACCGCCACGAGGUACUCCAUCCAUGACCUUGGCGUCGCCAUCACGGAGCCGUGGCGCCCAUGGACCGCGAACAAAGAGGUUGGAGGGUACGUUGAAGCAUACACGGGCGGUUUGGUUUUUGCAUCUGUGAGGGGCGCUGGUCAUCAGGUCCCUUACUUCCAGCCUGAGAAAGCUCUGAUAUUGUUCAGCUCGUUCCUGAAAGGAACGCUUCCACUCUAUGAGAAGGGACAGUAG